GCCCCGCUCCCUCCUCCCCUACUAUAAUGCUAGCUAAGAUGGUGGUUUGAGCGUAAUUUGUCUUAACAAUACCAAGAAAAGAAAGGGCAAAACAUCUUUACAGCCUCCCGGUUAGAACAGAACCUCGCGGUUACACCCAUCGUAAGUGGCCAUAUUUAGAAAUUUUGCCAUUUCAGGUACAUUGGCUUGCAGCCCCCGCCCAGUUUGGUGUGACUCCUUUGGAGUGGAAUCCUAAGCUAAAUACGGACAGGCCGCCUGCUCUGUGACCAGCUCCGGUACAACUCAACCUCGCUGUGCAAUAGGAUGUCCCACAGCCCAGAGAUGAAGGACGACCCCAUGGAGUGCCCUCUGUGCAUGGAGCCGCUGGAGAUUGAUGACGUCAAUUUCUUCCCCUGCACUUGUGGCUACCAGAUCUGCCGCUUCUGCUGGCACCGCAUCCGCACAGACGAGAACGGCCUCUGCCCCGCCUGCAGAAAGCCGUACCCGGAGGACCCCGCUGUGUACAAGCCCCUGUCACAGGAGGAAAUCCAGAGGAUAAAGAACGAAAAGAAGCAGAAACAGAACGAGAAAAAGCAGAAGGUGACAGAAAAUCGCAAGCACCUGGCGAGCGUCAGAGUGGUCCAGAGGAACCUGGUGUUUGUAGUGGGGCUGUCGCAGCGGCUCGCCGAUCCCGAAGUCCUAAAACGACCGGAGUAUUUUGGGAGAUUUGGGAAGAUCCAUAAAGUAGUCAUCAACAACAGCACAUCGUACGCAGGGUCACAGGGGCCGAGUGCCAGCGCUUAUGUCACUUACAUCCGUUCCGAAGACGCUUUGAGGGCAAUACAGUGUGUGAACAAUGUGGUCGUCGACGGCAGAACGCUCAAGGCUUCUUUAGGCACAACAAAGUACUGCAGUUACUUCCUCAAAAGUAUGCAAUGUCCCAAACCUGAUUGUAUGUAUCUACAUGAGUUGGGGGAUGAAGCAGCUAGCUUUACUAAAGAGGAGAUGCAGGCGGGGAAACAUCAAGAGUAUGAGCAGAAACUCCUCCAAGACCUUUACAAAAUAAAUCCUGGUUUUCUACAACCUCCGGCCUGUGGAACAGAAAAGUCAAAGAGUAAAGCCAACUCCACGCAGAGAACUAACAGUAGCAACGGUAAAGACGGCUGGCCGACGCUGUCGGGGCACAACAAGCUGGCCAACGGACUUUCAGAAGACCGCAAGUCCCCUCCGCUGUUAGACUAUCUAGACCAAGAAGCUAGUAAUUCAGAUGGGCUAGAAACAGAGCUGGGUCCCGGCCAGCGCCCCACCUUAUCCCCCUUCUCCUCCAACUGUGACAGUAAUAGCAGUCCCAACGACAAACCUCCAGAAUCAAUCGCCAUGGUGAACGGAGAGACUUUACAACAGAUGCCCACUAGCGACUCGCCAUCCCCUCCGCCGGGGCUAACGAAGCCCAUCCUGGUGGUGCCCAUCAGCAUGUCGGACCUCUCGGCCCGUUCGCCCUUCGAGGGCGCUGCGGCAGAGUCGCAGUCGCUCUUUUCAGACAACAGUAACUUCAGACAUCCAAACCCCCUCCCCGCCGGCCUGCCCCCCUUCCCCAGCUCCCCCCGCGGCAGCUCUGACUGGCCCAUGACACCGGAACCACAGAUACUCUUCACAUCAGACACAAUACCGGUCUCCUCCUCGACGGACUGGCAAGCGGCCUUCGGUUUCGGCUCGUCCAGCAAACAGCAGGACGACGAUCUGGGCUUCGACCCCUUCGACGUCACCCGCAAGGCUUUAGCCGACCUGAUAGAGAAGGAGCUGUCGGUGCAGGACCAGAGCCCCUCGUCCCCCGGGCCGCUCCCGCAGGGCGGCGGCCACGCCUCCGGCCCGCCGUCCUCCAACUCCAGCGCGUCCCACCACUUCCCCAGCGGCCUGCCGCGCGUCCACCCGCUCCACCACAGAGCCAUCUACAGCUCCUUCAGCUUCCCCGGCGGUCACAACAGCCAGGCCGGUCAGCAGCAGCAGCAGCAGCAGCCUCCGGCCGGCAGACACCCGUGGAUGGGCAUCGCCACGCGAAACCCCCUCGCACACUUGAACCACUCAGCCAGCGCUGCCUCCCACAGUAACAUCCUGGACCUGAAUCUGCCCCCUCAGCACAACACGGGGCUGGGAGGGAUCCCCAUCUCAGAAAACAGCAGCUCUAUAGACGGCUUAAAUGUGAAAGAGUGGCAGGACGGACUGAGGGCUCUCCUGCCCAAUAUCAAUAUCAACUUCGGUGGCCUCCCAAACUCCUCCUCCUCUUCCUCCUCCUCAUCCUCCAACAGCGUUAACCACAUCGGCGGGCCGACGGGGCCGGCGGGCAUUUCACACAGCCUGAGCUGGGACGGCACAGCCAGUUGGAUGGACCCUGCCAUCAUCACAGGCAUCCCGGCCACGGCGGGCAGCAGUUUAGACUGCCUGCAGGACGACAACCCGCCACACUGGCUCAAGUCGCUGCAGGCGCUAACAGAGAUGGACGGUCCUGCCAGCUCAGCGGUGCCCACCCCCCAGCCCCUCCACAGCGGCCUCCUCGACGGCCACCUCCCCCUCCACCACAGAGCUCCCAGCGGCUGGGCUCCCUACAUGCCCCCUCCCACAGCCAACCCCACCGGUCAGUUCCACUCCCCCCCGCCAGGCUUCCAGACCGCCUUCAGACCCCCAGGACAGCCCGCCACAGAGCUACUACAGAGUGCCGCCGUGGAUCGCCACUGAAUACAGACUGUAACAGACCCACCCCCCCACCCCCCCUCUUCCCUUAUACCCACUCAUCCUGUACCCUGCCCUCUUUUUUCCUAACGCAAUACACACCAAUCUGCAGAGUAUGAAAAAUUAACAAAAUAACAAACUUGCUUUCUUUUUAUUUUCCUUCUUCCUCCUUCCUUUGUCUACUCAGAAGGCCUUUUUUUUUUUUCUUUUUCUUUUUCUAUAUAAUUUGUGGCACACGAUUAUCAGUGCACCCUUCGUCUGCCGCCAUCACCACUCCUUAGACCUAGUUGGGGGCGUAACUUGGGAGUCGUCGUGUAGCUUUACUGUCAGCAGAGAGCACCAGAAUCCGUCUAGCAUCAAGUGCCCAGCGGUGACACAAGCUAACGCCACAAGCUGGCAGAGAAACACAUUAGCAGAAGUGAGGUCGUUUAUAAAUAAAUAAAUAAAAAAUAACAUCAUUAAGCAUGAUAACCUUUGUGUUUUUGGAUAGCUGAAGUCAUGAUUCGGUUUUGUUUUUUUUGUUUUCCUGGUUUACUUUUUAAGGAAUAGAGAAAGCUGUGAUUCUGCUCUUUGAAGCUUCACCCCAAAGACGCUCGUUCUCCCGAUUCGGAGCAGCAGACUGUGAAACGGUUAAACCUGACAGCCGGGGGGGGGGGGUGGAGGACACGGGACACGAGAGGGGUCGGCAUUCAGCAAACUUAUUAAAACGCAACUUGAGGAGAGCGGAAGGCGAAUGAGACUGGGGUGGAUGCGCGGGAGUUUAGGGCACAGGCUAUGCAUGGGCUCCCUGUUGGGUACGGACACAAACGGCCCCGCCUAGGAGGCCACUUGGCUCAUACUCUCUUUAGCAAGGGGCUCCCAUGGGCCCCCCAUCCUGCUGGAGGGAUAGUUUUGCUGAACCUCUGUAUCAGAGGAUAGAGCAGCGACCUUACCGCAGGGAGCCGGGGCUGUGGGAAAUCAUGGCACACAUCCUGAGCACUAGGGUUAGACUCUUACUCACAGUGCCACUGUGUGGUACCUACCAUAGCUAGCCCUAACACCAACAGCCGCCAGAUAGAUGAAGAUGAUGGGGGGGGGGCAGUGACCAGACGGAAGAGGAAACGUCAAAGAAGAAAUCCAAGCGAGGGGUAGCAAAGAGGUUAGCGGGUCCCAUUGUUCGAUCCACGAGGGCUUUAAACGAGGCCUUAAAAUAGAAGCGGGAGAGAAUGGAGCUUUGAGUGUGUGGAGAAGGGAGUGUUGCCGACUGCUGAGAGUCAUGCCAGAGCGUAUGUGGACCUCAGCAGCUGUAUGCAAGUGUGCGUCACGCGAGACAAGGGGCUGCAAGAACGUACCGAGUACUGUAGUAAUAAAUCAAGGAGCCCUCCGCCUUUUAGAAAUGAGAUCAACCUCUCCGGCCGCCGCCUUUUUCCCUUUUUAAAGUCUUAAUUCUGAUUCGUGUUCGCUCUGUCUUUUCUCCCCCCCCCCCUCACCCCCCCCUGCCCUGCCCUCCCCUCCCUUCCCACCUCCCACCAUCUCUCCCUCGCUAUUCCCUAUUUAACAGUAUUCACAAAGAUGAACAAAUUCAUCCAGGAGAAAUCAACAGAGUCAUCAUCGUUCAGUGGGUUUUAACAUGAUGUUUGCGAGGAGGAAAAAAAAAUAAAACAACAACUUUGAGGCGCUUAACGGAAAUGAACUGUCCUCUGCAGGUCUGGAAAAAUAAAACUUAAAUAAAACUGAAAACUCAGA